ACACAGAAAAUGGCGGGAAAAGACCUAAAGGAGAACAUCUCCCAUUUAUUGCCCCCAUCUUCCCGCUCCUUUCAUCGAUCUGCCUCGCGACUCUAUUGGAAUAGUCCCCACGGCGGCAUCGUCACCUUGUCCCUCUCUCUUUUGGGGGGUUUUUCAUCCUCUUCCCCUGCCUGGUCACACCCUCUUCUUUUUCAUAUUGCGUUUGUAUUUACGCAAAAAACCUCGAUUUUCUUGGUAAAGAUAAGAUUGUGCGAAGCAAUGGUGGCUGAGGAGAACCGCGAUGGCGCUGAUGACAUGGCCAUUGACGAACCUGCGCCCCAUAACAUCCAGAGGUCCGUCGUCCCCAAUGAGUUUGACCAAAACUACCUGAGAGUAUACUAUGGAAGGCUCUUUCCUUAUGAUGACUUCUAUAGAUGGAUGUCAUAUGGAAACGAUGGGAAGCAUCCAUCAUGUGACACAUCUUUCAUCAGCAGAAGGGAGUUUUCCUAUACUUUGGAGAACAAUAUAUUUCUUCGCUUUCAGUCUUUCAGUAGCAAGUCAGAACUGGAAAAGUCCGUGAAGGAGAAGUGUCCUUUCAAAAUUGAUAUUGGACCUGUAUACAGUGUAGAUCCUGCUAAAAGAAAUGCUUAUGCUCGGUCUGGGGACAAUGCUUUUGUCCCAGUGGAGAGGGAGCUUGUGUUUGAUAUUGAUAUUUCAGACUAUGAUGAUGUCAGAUAUUGUUGCUCUGGAGCAGAUGUCUGCAUAGACUGCUGGCCAUUGAUGACAGUUGCUAUCAAAGUCCUUGAUGUUUCCCUUCGAGAGGAUUUUGGUUUUGAUCAUGUUCUCUGGGUGUACAGUGGUCGACGAGGCGUUCAUUGUUGGGUUUGUGAUCACAAAGCUAGAAGGCUAACCAAUGAACAAAGGGCAGCUAUUGCACACUACUUCCGUGUAAAUAGGGGAAAUGAAAACAAUAAGAGAAAGGUCACCUUGUCUGGACCUGCACUUCAUCCAUUCCUGACGCGAUCUUAUAACAUUUUACAGUUCUAUUUUGAAGAGAAAUUACUUAGCAGCCAAAGUUAUUUAGCAUCUGAAACGAGUAUUCAGAGGAUUCUUGACAUGAUUCCAGAUGAAUCUAUUUCUUCUCAGCUUCAAGAAAAGUGGCAAAAAAAUCAUCAGGUUUCCUCAGGUGAAGAUGUUAAUGUUGCUCGUUGGAAGCAACUAAAGCGUAUGGUGCAGUCUGGAAAGCAAAAGGUUCAAGGGCUACGGCGAAGUGUUGAGGAGAUUGUCUUUUGCCAUACAUACCCCAGACUGGAUAUGGAGGUUUCAAAGCACAUGAACCAUCUUCUGAAGUCACCAUUUUGUGUACAUCCAAAAACUGGUCGCGUUUGUAUUCCAAUUGAUCCUGCUCACUCUGAUCAGUUUGAUCCAACUGCUGUGCCAACCCUUUCAGGGCUUCUGGAAGAGUUGAACAUGAGGGGCCACAGUGCAGAUACUGAAGGAUGGGAAGGAACAUCGCUGGCUGAGUCUAUAAAAUUUUUCAGAUCUUCAUUCUUGCAGCCACUGCUUAAAACAUGCAAGGCUGAGAUGGAAGCUGCAUACCGAGUGAAGGUUCAAGGUUCUAAAAAUGGCUCAAGUUGGUGAAAGCUAUGAUGGCUUUCCACCUUAAAGCUCGAGUGGAAUCUGUUCUUUCAGUAACAUGGAUAAGUUACUGAUAUUAUGCUUUCUGUAUCACUAGAAUUUGUAUGUUCUCCUGUACCUUAUAUGAAUACCAAGAAAAUGGCUGCCUAUGGGAUCUGAUUACAGAAAAA